GUACACAGGUGAUGACGAAAUAAUUGAAUGGAGAACGCGUGGCAAAGGGAAGUCGGACGGAGGGGACGGAGGGCAAUGACGAGCGGCACCUCAAGCCUCGCCUUUGGAAAGUUCCCACGGCAUCCCACCACCACCACCACCACAACCACCAUACGGUCGGUAUAAACAACCCCAGCAACGACCCAACUCUCGUUCCUGCCUGCCGCCUACGCUCUCCCCCCAUCUCUCAGCCUUUCGAAACCAGCCACGCAAACACCCUCGCGCGCCAUGUCCGCCCAACAGCCCGUCGUCCGCCUUGCAUGCAAAAGCCAGUCCUACGACUGGGGCAAGCUCGGGUCAGAGAGCACCGUCGCUAAGCUUGCGUCCGCGACCCCGGGAUUCGAGGUGAAGAACGAUACGCCGUAUGCCGAGUUCUGGAUGGGAACCCACCCCAACGGCGCCUCGGCCUCCGUCGACAGCAACACUCCACUCAAAUCGCUACUGAACGAAUCAAACCUCGGCGCAAAGCUCCACAAGGAGUACAACGGCGACCUGCCUUUCCUGUUCAAGGUGCUGUCGAUCAGGAAAGCGCUUUCAAUCCAGGCUCACCCGGAUAAGACGCUGGCGGCGGACUUGCAUAAGCGGUUCCCGGACGUUUAUAAGGAUCCCAAUCAUAAACCUGAGAUGGCGGUAGCCGUCACACCCUUUGAGGCCUUCAUCAACUUCCGACCGCUUGCCGACAUAAAAAAGCAUUUGACAGAGUUCCCCGAGUUUCGGGCACUCAUCGGCGACAAAGUCGCCUCCCACUUCGAGUCUCAGGUGUCCAAAUCGCCGGAAAACGUCGCCGACAACAAAGCCGCCCUCAAGGCUCUUUUCAAGCAGCUCAUGGAGAGCGAUCAGAGCAUUAUCGCGAACCAUCUCCAAGCGCUGAUCAAGCGCAUCAAGGCGGAAGGGAAGAAGGAUGGUCUAUAUGAGCUUGUUGUGAGGCUCAACGACCAGUUUCCAGAUGACAUGGGCGUCUUUUGUGCGUUCCUGCUUAACUACGUCACCCUGAACCCCGGAGAGUCUAUCUUUUUGGCAGCGAACGAGCCACACGCGUAUCUAUCUGGAGACUGCGUAGAAUGCAUGGCCGCCUCUGACAACGUCAUCCGGUCAGGGCUGACCCCGAAAUUCAAAGACGUCGACACCCUCGUCAACUGCCUCACCUACAACUACGGCCCCGCCGACGCCCAGAUUCUCCGUGGCGACCCCUACAAAUCCACAAAACACACCACCCUUUACGACCCACCCAUCGACGAAUUCUCCAUCCUCCGAACGAAACUCGACUCGCAAGGCGAGAAGGAGACUGUGCCGGCUAUCGACGGCCCAAGUAUCCUGAUAGUUACGGAGGGCGAGGGGAGCGUGAAGUAUCCGGGUGGCGGCAGCCAGGAGGCGAAAACGGGAUAUGUGCUGUUCAUUGCCGCGGGGACGGAGGUGACGUUGGAGGCAAAAGGAGGAAACAAGCCGUUCACGUCGUACAGGGCGUUUUGUGUGUAGAUGAGGGAGAGCUAGAUCUCAAUAGAAGUUAUUUGGUCUUGUUAUGAGUUAGUUUCAGCUGGUGAGCUUCUUUGCCCUGGGCUCUUGUGGUGGUUGAUGGUGAUUCCAUUGGGUUGAUUUUGGCGUGUUGAGCGCGAGGACGCUUUGUACGAGCCGCACGAGCCCAUAUCCCCCUACACAUUGCCCCUACGGCAUAGUCAACCAAAUCGGCAUCGCCAAGGCCCGGCGAGAACAGUUUUCCAAAAUUUGCAAAAGGUGUGGCAAUCGUGCGCCAAAUUUUGAGAAAAGACGCUCCGUUUGCGACAGCGACAAACAACAACAAC